AAAUUUCAUCCUUCAUCCACCAACAUAAUGACAUCCCUUUCAAAGAAACCGCUCUUAAACCAAUUCAUUUCAUCUCUACUCUUCUUCCUCCUUGUUGUCGUCAUCCUUGAUUUCGUUUGUUCAUCCACUGCUUCUGUUUCCUCCGUAACUUCUCCUUUCGUUUACACUAAUAAUAAGGUUAAGUUAGCAGAAGAAAGAAAGGAAGUAAAGGCUCUUCUAAAAUGGAAAACCAACCUUCACAGUAAAAGCCAGUCUUUUUUGUCCUCUUGGGCUGGAAGUAAUCCUUGCAAUUGGGUCGGAAUAAAUUGCGACAAGUCUGGAAGCAUCACCCAUCUAAACCUUUCAAGUCACAGUUUGAAAGGUACACUUCACAAUCUAAGCUUUCAAUCCUUCCCCAAUCUACUCAGUGUUGAUCUUUCUUACAACUCACUAUUUGGAACCAUCCCCACAAAUAUUGUUCACCUCUCUAGACUCUCGGUUCUAAAACUUUCUUAUAAUCAAUUCACUGGGAAAAUUCCUUCCGAAAUAGGCCAACUGACAAGUCUUCACAUCUUUUACCUUGCUAAUAAUCAUAUGAGUGGCCUUAUCCCUCAAGAAUUAGGAGGGUUAACUUCUUUGAGUGAACUUGAUUUAUCGUCAAAUAAUCUCACAGGUGUUAUCCCUGCUUCUCUUGGAAACUUAAGCAACCUAAAAACUCUAUAUCUUCAUAGAAACCAACUUUCUGGUUCCUUCCCUCAAGAAUUAGGAAUGCUAAGUUCUCUGACUGACCUUCAGUUAUCAAGAAACAAUCUCACAGGUACCAUCCCUAUUUCUCUUAGAAACUUAAGCAACCUAAGCACUCUAUAUCUUUAUGAGAACCAACUUUCUGGUUCCAUCCCUCAAGAAAUAGGAAUGCUAAGUUCUCUGACUAACCUUGGGUUAUCAACAAACAAUCUCAUAGGUACCAUCCCUAUUUCUCUUGGAAACUUAAGCAACCUAAACACUCUAUAUCUUAAUGAGAACCAACUUUCUGGUUCCAUCCCUCAAGAAUUAGGAAUGCUAAGUUCUCUGACUGAUCUUGAGUUAUCAAGAAACAAUUUCACAGGUACCAUCCCUGUUUCUCUUGGAAACUUAAGCAACCUAAACAAACUAUAUCUUCACAAGAACCAUCUCUAUGGUACCAUCCAUGCUUUUCUUGGAAACUUAAGCAACCUAACUAUUCUAUAUCUUUAUGAGAACCAACUUUCUGGUUCCAUCCCCCAAGAAUUAGGAAUGCUAAGUUCUCUGACUGACCUUCAAUUAUCAAGAAACAACCUCAUAGGUACCAUUCCUGUUUCUCUUGGAAACUUAAGCAACCUAAGCACUCUAUAUCUUUUUGAGAACCAACUUUCUGGUUCCAUCCCUCAAGAAAUAGGAAUGCUAAGUUCUCUGACUAACCUUGGGUUAUCAACAAACAAUCUCACAGGUACCAUCCCUAUUUCUCUUGGAAACUUAAGCAACCUAAACACUCUAUAUCUUUUUGAGAACCAACUUUCUGGUUCCAUCCCUCAAGAAUUAGGAAUGCUAAGUUCUCUGACUGAUCUUGAGUUAUCAAGAAACAAUCUCACAGGUACCAUCCCUCAAGAAAUAGGAAUGCUAAGUUCUCUGACUAACCUUGGGUUAUCAACAAACAAUCUCACAGGUACCAUCCCUAUUUCUCUUGGAAACUUAAGCAACCUAAACACUCUAUAUCUUUUUGAGAACCAACUUUCUGGUUCCAUCCCUCAAGAAUUAGGAAUGCUAAGUUCUCUGACUGAUCUUGAGUUAUCAAGAAACAAUCUCACAGGUACCAUCCCUGUUUCUCUUGGAAACUUAAGCAACCUAAACAAGCUAUAUCUUCACAAGAACCAUCUCUAUGGUACCAUCCAUGCUUUUCUUGGAAACUUAAGCAACCUAACUAUUCUAUAUCUUUAUGAGAACCAACUUUCUGGUUCCAUCCCCCAAGAAUUAGGAAUGCUAAGUUCUCUGACUGACCUUCAAUUAUCAAGAAACAACCUCAUAGGUACCAUUCCUGUUUCUCUUGGAAACUUAAGCAACCUAAGCACUCUAUAUCUUUUUGAGAACCAACUUUCUGGUUUCAUCCCUCAAGAAAUAGGAAUGCUAAGUUCUUUGACUAACCUUGGGUUAUCAACAAACAAUCUCACAGGUACCAUCCCUAUUUCUCUAGGAAACUUAAGCAACCUAAGCACUCUAUAUCUUUUGGAGAACCAACUUUCUGGUUCCAUCCCUCAAGAAUUAGGAUUGCUAAGUUCUCUGACUGACCUUCAGUUAUCAAGAAACAAUUUCACUGGUCACUUACCAAACAAUGUGUGCCACGGUGGAUUGCUUGAGAAGUUCAUCGCAAACAAUAAUCAUUUUAUUGGUUCAAUACCAAAAUCCUUGAGCAACUGCAGUAGCCUCAUCAGAGUCCGACUUGAUGGAAAUCAACUUAUUGGAAAUAUAGGAGAAAGUUUUGGGGUAUACCCACGCUUAUUAUAUAUGGAUUUGAGUCAUAAUAAACUUUAUGGUCAUCUUUCAACUAAUUGGGGGCAAUGUCGAAACUUGACAAGCCUUAAAAUCUCUAACAAUGAUAUUUCAGGUAGAUUACCUCCUGAGCUUGGAGAAGCAAUUCAAUUACAUGUACUGAACCUCUCCUCAAAUAAGAUACAUGGGGAAAUCCCAAAGGAAUUAGGUAAGUUGAUAUUUUUGUUUGACCUUUAUAUGGACAAUAACAAAUUUUCUGGUCACAUCCCUUACAAUUUCGGGAUGCUGUCAAAUCUAGAGCGUCUUAAUCUUGCCAAAAAUAGUCUAAGUGGCCUUAUUCCCAACCUAGGGAAUUGUAAAAAACUUUUUGUCUUGAAUUUGAGCAACAAUCACUUAAGCAAAUAUAUCCCACUUCAGAUUGGCAAUUUACAGUAUCUCCAAAAUCUUGAUCUUAGCAAAAAUUUUCUAAUAGGAGAGAUACCACAACAACUUGGAGAUUUGAAAAUGCUAGAAAUCUUGAAUCUUUCCCACAAUACACUCUUUGGGAAUAUUCCGUCCACUUUUAAUCAGUUGUUAGGCUUGACAUCCAUUGAUUUGUCCUACAAUCAAUUGAGGGGUCCUAUUCCGAAUAUUAAAGUAUUUCAUGAGGCUCCAGUGGAAGCAUUUAGAAAUAACAAGGGCUUAUGUGGCAAUGCUACUGGUUUAAGGGCUUGCCCCUCUGCAUAUAGCCACAAUCUUCAUGUAAAAAAGCGAAAUAAUUUUACAGCCCUAAUUUUUGCCCUUUUGGGCAUUGUCUUUCUUAUAUUUAUCAUUGUCGGAAUUACAUUAGCCAUUUGCUUUAGAAAGACAAAGACAAAAAAUAAGCCAAAAGAAGAACAUCAAAAUAUGUUUUCAGUGUGGAGCUAUGAUGGGAAAAUGGUUUACGAAAACAUUGUUGAAGCAACAGAGAAUUUUGAUUAUAAGCAUUGUAUUGGUGUUGGGGGGUAUGGAAUUGUUUAUAAAGCUGAGUUGCCAACAGGUCAAGUUGUUGCUGUAAAGAAACUUCAUCCACUCUCAGAAGACAGUGUGGCCAUUAUAAAAGCUUUCACCAAUGAGAUACAUAGUCUAACUGAAAUACGACAUCGCAACAUUAUGAGGCUUCAUGGUUUUUGCUCACAUCCACGAUACUUGCUUUUAGUUUAUGAGUACUUGGAAGGAGGGAGCCUAGAAAAGAUACUAAACAAUGAUGAAUUAGCACUGGACUUUGAUUGGGCUAAGAGGGUAAAUGUUGUCAAAGGUGUGGCAAAUGCUUUGUCUUAUAUGCAUCAUGAAUGCUCACAUCCAAUAAUUCAUCGUGACAUAUCAAGCAAGAAUGUUCUACUAGAUUUGGAUUUUGAAGCUCAUGUCUCUGACUUUGGCACAUCUAAGAUUAUGAGUUCUGACACAUCUUAUUGGACUUCAUUUGCUGGCACCAUUGGGUACGCCGCUCCAGAAAACGCGUACACGAUGGAAGUAAGUGAAAAGUGUGAUGUCUAUAGUUUUGGAGUAGUCACAUUGGAAGUAAUUAUGGGAAGGCAUCCGGGUGAUUUGAUCUCAUCAUUUCUAUCAUCAUCAUCCCAUGAUGUGCUCCUAGAAGAUGUGUUGGAUCAACGGCUUGUGCUACCUACAAGGCAACUUGCGGAGAAGGUGGUUUUAGUGGCCAAGAUAGCAUUGGCUUGCUUGCACAACAGUCCACAAUCUCGUCCAACAAUGCAACAUGUUUAUCAGAAGCUAUCAAAUUGGAAAUCCCCGCUCACAAAGCCUUUGGGCAUGAUCACAUUAAGGGAACUCAUCGAUCUCUCGACAAUCUGAGUUAAGCUUCACAAUUCAUCUCCUGCACAGUAGUUGGCGUCAAUUUUGAAUCUCUACUCUCCUCUAUGAUGCUCAGCCGCCAACAUCUUUGGCUACUUCAAUGUUAAUCUAGACCUAUAUAAGCCCAACGAAGCUGAUUUCUUUCUCUUUCUUCAACUUCUUCACUUUUGUGGUCCUAAAGCUCCCAAGGUGCAAUAAACCAAGUUGGUCAAGAAGCAAGAAUUUUCUGUUUCAGUCAGCUGGUAAUGAAUCAAUAUGCAAGGAAAUUUUCAUCCAUGGGAAUGACAUGGAAGAGAAGCCUAAAUGAUAAGGCCAAGGAAGCAGAGCAUGCAUAUACAAUGGAAGUAAGUGAAAAGUGUGACAUUUACAGCGUCGCGUUGGAAGUAAUUAUUGGAAGGCAUUUGGGUGAUUUGAUCUCAUCAUUUUCAUUAUCAUCCCAUGAUGUGCUACUAGAAGAUAUAUUUGAUCAACGUCUUGCACAUCCUACAAAUAGAGUUGCAAAUAAGGUGGUUUUAGUGGCAAAGAUAGCAUUAGCAUGCUUACACACCAAUCCACAAUCUCGUCCCACCAUGCAACAAGUUUAUUAUAAGCUAUUAAAUUGGAAAUCUCCUUUCACAAAGCCUUUGCGCAUGAUCACAUUAAGAGAGCUCAUUGAUCUCGGGAAUUUGAAUGAAGCUUCAUAAGUGUUUACAUAUCUCAUGUAUGGUAUUUUGCUUAUAUACAUUCCAUCCUCAUGUAAAGUUUUAAAUACUUAUGAGGUCAAUACUUCAAAAACCACAAUUCGCAUGACUAUUCAUCUUCGGCAGAUUCAUUGUUCAUCUUCGACCCAUCCAAGCCUCCAUCUAACUCUCGGAGCCUCCAUGCCUCUUGACCAAAGCUCUUCAACCCAAAUGAAAGCCGAGCUCUUUCUCUUUUUUGUGGUCCUAAAGGUCUCAAGGUGAGGGAAACAUAUUUGGUCAAGGUCAAUCAGAACACUGGCUUAAAACUUAUCAUGGACAGGAAUAAAAACAGGACUUCCCCUCUCCUUGUUCUACUCUCCAAAACAUGCUAAAAGCAAUUCGUUUAGGCCUAUGGCAAUGGAAAAUGGGAUUCCGUACAUCUAGACAAUUAUGCAUUGAAACUUUCUUCCAAUGAGAAUGAAAUGAAAGAAACUAAAAAAGUUGAGGCCAAGGAAUGCAAAACUGAACUACAAUGGGGAGCCUUAAUUUAAAUAGGCAGCAAUGGAGGGAAGAGGUUCACUUGCGGAGGCAUGGGAAGCAUUGAGAUCCUUUUACGGCCCAGAAAUUGUAAAGGAAUGGAGUGGCAAAAUGCGAGUGGGAGAGAUCUCUUUGAAGAGGGCUGUGUGAAGGAGGCUGUUCAGCAAUUUUAGAGAAGCGAAAACUUCUUGUUUUAGGUGCAGUCUCGAGCUUUGUAUUCAGCCCUGUGCUUUGUAUUGAGAGAGAGUGCUUCUGUUAGGUUCUAAAUAUCUAGGAUAAAUGUUUAGAUUCUAAAUUUGUGUAUGUUGGCAAACCGAGAACAAAAAAAUGUCUAAUUUAGGUGUUAGACAUUGCUCAAGAUUGUUCAAGUCAAGAUUCAACAGUUAAAUUGCAGAAAGAAGAGUUCAGAUUCUAUGAAGCUUGAUUGAUCAAAAGAAAGGUUCGAAUGAUCGAAAGUCGUUUUCUGCAGAUUUUAAAUCAGGCCCAAAACCCAUGAAAACGUGUAGGGUUUCAGUUCAACACUACAAGGUAUAAAAGGAAAACUCUAAUUAUGUUUUAAAAGCUUUUGGAAGUCUUGUGAGUUACUCCUGUGAGAUCUGAGAGGUUUCUGUAACCUUCUAACUCAAUAAGCUUCUACCGGAAUGAGAUCUACAAUAAAGAACUGGUGGAAACAAGUUGCUACAUAAACAUCAACUAUUGAUGGUGAUCUAAAAUCUUUGAGUGAGAUCUUAAAGUCACAAACGGGGGUGCUUGCGUGCUGCAGAUUCAAGAUAAAAGAGUCUGUGGAUUCAGAGCUGGACGUGGUCGUGGGAGUAAGUUGUACAUGAGGUAGUUUUAGA